UCACAGAUCACAGAGCCAGGGGGUUUGAUUUUCAUCUCAGAGCACCAUGACUUCACUAAAGAAAACAAUGCUGCUGCUGCUGCUGCUCGUGGCAGCUGUCGGCACCUACGCAGCGCCGGAAAACUGUGAUGGUCUCAACAAAACCGUGCCAGCUAAAGACCUGCACAAGAUUUAUGGGGACUGGGUUCUGGUCUGGUCGGUUGCUAACCAUCAGGAAGGCUGGGACCUGCUGCCAAAUGUAUCCAGCUCCCACGUCGAGCUCAAACUCCUCCCUGACAACAAUACCAUCUCGUUCUUGGAACGGAACAUGUUCCUUAACAACUCAUGCAUUAAGUUCGACAUCAACAUGUCAAUGCCGACGGACCCUGAAGAGCACACACUAAACUCCUCCUCUGCCAUGGUGGAAACAGACGGAGUUCCUACCGUGUACAACGAAAAUGGACAAGCACAAUUCUUUGAGACCUGCGAGGACUGUUUGACAAUGAUGUACACGGGCAAAGCAGAGGGAUUCCUGCUCGUCUACAAGAGGGAGGGAAAUCAUCAGGACGUCGAGAAGAUGAAAGAGGACCACAACAAUCAUAAGAAAUUGGCUGAGUGUAUGGGAUUCCCUCAAGAGAUCAUUUUCACCUACGAUGGAGCUGCAGAUUUUUGUCAGAAGAAAUCUUCUCCUGAGGUGGUCGCUGAAGAGGCCUGAGUGAAGAUGAAGGAUGAAGCUGGCCUUAAAGUUUGAUUUGAUGUGUCAGUGAACAUUAAAAUUAAAGAAAAAAGAUGC